AAGUUCACUCCCGUUUUAUAUUAUAAAAAGAAGAAGAUAAGAAGAAGCAAAUAUUAUUGUCAUUUGUCAUUAAUCAAUAUCAGUGUUGAUAAUAACACAUUUUUUUCUUUUGUUGAUAAAACAAGUGACUUGCAUUAUUUUUGAUUUCGACACACUUUAUUACGGUUAUCCGUCUUCGUACAAAUUUAUUAACAUUAAUUUGUUGCUACUAUCGUUGUAUACUUGUGUGGUGCACAAUGAGUGCAUUCAAACGUUUAUGUCUGCUGUUACUGACUGUAUUUGCGAUUACAGUUACAUUAGUCCAAUGCGAUGGCGAUUUGCUUAGGGUAAAACUCUACAAAAUUGAUAGUGUACGUAAGCAGCUCAGAAAUAUUACCAAUUCUUUUGAUCAUAUUAAAAGUCGCUAUAAUCCACUCAAUGCCGAACCUUUGUCCAACUAUUUAGAUGCUCAAUACUAUGGACCGAUUACUAUCGGAACUCCUCCUCAACCCUUCAAUGUAGUAUUUGAUACAGGUUCAUCAAAUCUGUGGGUUCCAUCAAAACAAUGUAGUGUUUUGAACAUAGCAUGCAUAUUACAUAACAAAUAUGAUAUGUCCAAGUCAACUACAUAUCAAAAAAAUGGAACUUCAUUUUCAAUUCAUUACGGUUCAGGAAGUUUAUCGGGCUACUUAUCUACUGAUGUCAUUUCUAUAGAUGGAAAUUCAAUUAUUAAUCAAACUUUUGCUGAAGCAAUCCAAGAACCAGGAUUAGCUUUUGUUGCCGCCAAAUUUGAUGGAAUACUUGGUUUAGGAUACAACACAAUUUCAGUUGAUGGAGCUAUACCUCCAUUCUACAAUAUGGUUAGUCAGGGAAUUAUUAAAAAUGCCAUAUUUUCAUUUUAUUUGUCCAGAGAUCCAUCCAGCACUCCGGGAGGUGAAAUAAUAUUUGGUGGAUCUGACCCUGAAAAAUAUACAGGACCCUUUACAUAUGUUCCUGUUACCAGGCAUGGUUAUUGGCAGUUUGGUCUUGAUGGAGUACUUGUUGGAAAUACAUCAAUUGUGAAUGGUGCCCUUCAAGCUAUUGCUGAUACUGGUACCAGCUUAAUUGCUGGGCCCGUUGAUAAUAUAAAACAAAUCAAUGAGCUUCUUGGUGGUACUGCCAUACCAGGAGGAGAAUACAUUAUUGCAUGCGAUCAAAUUGAUAAUUUACCUGUGAUAUCGUUUGUAAUUAAUAACACAACAUUUAAACUUGAAGGAAAAGAUUAUAUAUUGAAGGUGUCCCAGUUUGGAAAAACCUUGUGUAUAUCUGGUUUUAUGGGUAUCGACAUUCCUCCUCCAAAUGGUCCAUUGUGGAUAUUGGGAGAUGUCUUCAUCGGUCGUUAUUAUACAGAAUUUGAUCUAGAAAACAACAGAGUUGGUUUUGCCAGUUGUAAAUAAGAGGCUUGUGAUAAAUAUAUACUAUAACCAAUCUUGGUUUUGUAUUAUGCAAAAAUUAAUGAACUGAAGAAGUUAUAUUUUA